CUCUCAGACUCUGAGACCUCAGUCACUUCAGUGUGCUGCAGAGCAACGGUUAGGGUGGACGGAGCGAGUACUCUGCUAUAGGAUUUGUGCAGCGACUAGCGAGGCUCUACCAUGUUAUAGGUUUAAGAGAGCCCGAAUGUUCGAAAAUUUUAUAGAGCCAAUUACAGUUCUUGUCCUUCAAGUACGCAUGUACUCUUGAAGGAAUUGAUAACUAUAGGAAUCAAAGUGUCACUUACUAGUUUCUACUCUGAAGGAAAACGGCCUGCCUCGGACAUGCCGCCUAGUCCAAUGGCUUGCUACGCGUUCAUCCUCGUGUUACUGCAGAUCUUUACACCGAUCUCUGCACGUCUCAUCCGCCCCGUUACUAAUAACACACUAGUGAGUGACGGGGACCGCCCCGUGCAGUUGUGGCGCGUGGGAGCGUCCCUACAACACCCAAGUCUUCAGCACCUCCUCCUGCAGGGCCUCAUCGAGAAGUGGGCUGACGAUGCUACCUCAUCCUUGGUGAUGGUGCGGGAGGAAGACGUACCAGAGGUGCAGGCGGCGCUGCAGGAGGAGCAGGUGGAGUACAAUGUUGCAGUAGAGGAUCUCUUGAGCCUCGUUGCUGCAGAAACUGAGCACAAGAUGAGGGGCAGGAGGAAAAGAGAAAUCGAGCGAAUGGACUGGAACUCGUACCACGCGCUGGAGGACAUUGAGGGCUACCUGGGGUGGCUGAACGCCUCGACCAACGGCGUUGUGCAGGUGCUCUCCGCGGCCACCACGCAGGAGGGCAGACCUGUCUACGUCGUCAGGGUCAACGACCGAGGCGCCACCGGUCCGAAGAAGAGGAUCUGGAUUGAGGGAGGAAUCCAUGCCCGCGAAUGGAUAUCCCCCGCGGCGACGACUUUCAUCCUGCACCAGGUGGCGACCAACCCUGACUGGCAGCGCACGAUCCUGCCACACACGGAGUGGUACUUCGUACCCGUCGCCAACCCUGACGGAUACGCGCACACCUUCACCGGCGGCCGGGCCAGGUUGUGGAGAAAGAACAGACGUGUGAACGACAAUGCUCUGCCUGAUCGCUGCAAUGGAGUUGACCUCAACAGGAACUGGGAUCUUAAAUGGGGUGUGGGCGCCUCCCAAAACCCGUGUUCGGAGCUCUACAUGGGCGAGGUUCCUUUCAGUGAAGCUGAGACUACGGGCCUGAAAUACUUCAUGGAAAGAGUCGGUCCACUCGACCUAUUUAUCACCUUCCACAGCUACGGACAAUCAGUGCUCUAUCCCUGGGGAUGGACUAAAGACCCUCCAAAGAACGCCAAGAUGUUGCACCGAGUUGGCCGCAGGUUUCUGGAAGCCGUUCAGCACGUGUCCAAAGGCCAGGUUGACUACACAUUGGGGGGCUCUGGAGCCAUGUUGGGUUUUGCCUCCGGAGCCACGGACGACUGGGCUUAUGGGGCUUUAGGAGCCAAGCACGCCUACACCAUCGAGCUCCGCGACACCGGCCAUUAUGGCUUCCUGCUGCCAGAAGCACAAAUCGGAUCUACCGUGCGGGAGACUGCGGCCGGAGUCCAGUGCAUGGUGACAUACAUGAUAAAUAAUGGCGUCUGCGCACGACGAAGAAGGAAUGCAAGAAACAGAAAUAACGUGUAAAAGAGGUCUAAUCUAAACUCUUCAUUACUUUAUUUAUUUUCAUCCGAGACAUGAUUAGCGCGGCAGUAGUCUUAGAAUUAGUCGUUGUGCACCGUGAACAAUAAAAUCUUUUCUGGUUGGAUUCCAGUUUACUCCAGCCAUAAGUCGAAAUUUGUUUAGUAUAAAGGGAUAAAAAGAUUAGAUUUAGAUGUUGGUCAAUGAUAUUAUUAAUUUCACUUCGUUUCUUCUUGUGUUGUAAGACCUUUCUAUAAAUUAUAGAACAGUUUAGAAUAUUUUGCGUAUUCAGAUUCGUUCAAUUUUCAACCCAAUAAUUUUAUUAGUUGCUUAAAUGAGAUGGACCCCUUUUUACGGAGAUUUACGUUAAUCUCGACUUUUCAUCCCUGUCACAUGAUCUUUUAAUUUUCAGGAAUGAAAUAAUUACGUGUAAAUAUACUUUCUUGAGCCAGUGAUCAUUAUUUCCACUUGAAAUUGAGUUAUAUGUAAGGCAAAUAUAUUACUAAGCAGGAGUGGAAAAAGUACACUCAUUGCUUAUGAUCACUCCGUCUUAGGUGCUUCUUAGUAAGGCAAAUAUAAUAUAUUACUAAGCAGGAAUGGAAUAAAAUAUGCGUUUAAAAAUUACUUUUUAAAGACAACACUUCUAAAGACAAAUUGUCUCCAACAUUACGCGUGUGCAAAAUUUCAGAGCGAUUGGUCACGUAGAAGUGU